GAAUCAUGCAACUCCAUUCAUGCUUCCAAAGAUGAGAUAGAGCUACAGUUUGCAAUAAACCACUUGGGUAAGAUAAACUUGUUGGUGCAAAUUUUUCGUAGGUUAGUGGUACAUUCAAGUAUUUGGAAUGCUACAUCUUUUGAGUUUGGUCACUUUUGGCCCUUGCCGAUUCCUGAACUUUCUUUUUCUGCAUAAGUUAGAAAUACUAGGCUUGAUGGAAGCUACGGCAGCUAAUUUUUCUUUUUUGCUGUCGCUGAUGUCGGUUAAAUUUUGGUUAAGUUGUUAGUUCACUGAUUGGUGUUAGUAGGAAAAUGGCGCGGAGAACUAGCAAAGAAGGUAGGAUUGCAAAUGCAUCAUCAAGACGGCACCAUUAUUCAUAUCCAGAAGGGAUCAGAUUGGACAAAAUUAAUGGUCAAUCAGGUUUGCACUAACAGGAGGAUCCGGGUUGGCCAAGUCGCUGAACCUGUUGAUCGUGACGCUGGGCGAGUACGAGGUGAGUCUGAACCGGGUGGGAUUCACCAACUGGGUGAAGAACGCGCUGGUUUACUACUCGGCGGUCUUCGAGUCGAUAGGGCCAAACCUGAGCAGGGACUCGCUGGAGAGGGAGCAAGUGGAGAGGCUGCUCCUCAGCCGCCUCAUCGCCGCGGUGGUCGGACCGGGAGGAGGAGGGAGCGCACAGAGGACAGGGAGCAGUGGAAGGUUUUGAUGGAGAGCGCUGGCUUCGAGUCGGUUCCGGUCAGCCAUUACGCACGGAGCCAGGCAGAGAUACUCCUGUGGAAUUACGAUUACAGUCCGUUGUUUUCAUUGGUUCAGUCGGAACCUGGUUUUUGGGAAUGGGGAUGCUGCCAAGCACCCCUACCAAGCUUGUGCUGAGCAGUCGAUCUAGCUAUUCAUAUCGGCAACCGACGGCUCGAAUCUUGACCAAGCAAUAGACGGUCCAAACAUGUAUGCGCUCAGAUUUCAUGCCGAGAUAAACGGCCGGAUGCCGCUCGGCACCUACUUGGAAGGGGGUGCUUGGUUUUGUUUUGUCCACAUUGGUGUGUUUUUUUUUGGCUCUGUUGUGGAGUUAGAGAGUUGCCAUGGAAAGGAACAUGGCCUCGUAUAAUUGAAGGUCCACUUUUUUUUGUCGUAUAAUUAUGGAUGUGGUAUAGUCUGGUGGCUUUUUCUCGUACUCAUCUUGAUGAUUGAAAUCGAAAUUGUUCAGUACCGUGCUAAAAGUUACGCUAAUUGCGUAUCGAUUGAUGUGAUUCAAACUGCAUUUGAGUUGAUUAAGAAAAAAAGAUUGCAGCAUUG